CCCAGUCAGUCAGUGCUCAGUCAAAUUCCUGCACUCACACCGGUUGACUUGUAAACAGUGAGGUUAACUACAAGCGGAUAAGGCUGAUACGGAGUACCAACGGAGACAAUGAAUUCCUCCAACCUGUCUCACUUUUCAUUCACCGGUUUCCUCGACUAAUUAAAGAGGCGGUUGCUAAGAGAUGACAGUCUGUGACAUUGGCGAGAGCCUCUGAUGCUCGAGCAGCCUGAAGCUCGACUUCUCCGGGAUCUCUUGCCUCCGCACCUCGGUCCGUACUGUACCUGGCUCGUGUGAAGGGCGCGGGGGAAACUCUCUCAAAUCAACAGACAUCACAAGUACCAUGGCAGCUUUUCCUGCUCCCUGUGCCGCCACCAUCACCACGGCCACCGCCGUGGCCCGAACUGCGCGGCAAAGGCAAGGAAGCAGCGGCGAGGCGGGCAAGCGCGAGAACUUGGACGUGGGACAAAACACUAUCGUGGAGAAAACCCACGAGUUCUUCCAGAUGUGUGACAUGGAAAACAAGGGCUUCAUCACCCGACGUGACAUGCAGAGGCUGAACACUGAGCUCCCUCUCAGUGCGGAGGAGUUGGAAAAUGUGUUUGAUACCCUUGAUUCCGACGGCAACGAAUACCUCACCCUCGAAGAGUUCUCCUCCGGCUUUAUUGAGUUUUUAUCCGGUCAGAAGAUUUCUGUAGAAGAAGGCAUGGCGGAGAAGAACCCCCGUAAAAGCCCGACCGAGGUCCUGUACCAGACCCAGUGGGAGGAGAGCCGGGCAAGAGAAGACGAGGAUGAGGAGGAGAAACACUUUUGCAUGCUCAUGGAAAACCUCGGAGCCAACAGUGUCUUUGAGGAUGCUGCUGAGGUGCGCAGUUUAUGGGCCCAGGUGCGGCGAGAUGAGCCUCACCUUUUAUCCAAUUUUGAGGACUUCCUGGCCAGAGUGACUUCCCAGAUCAUAGAGGCCAACCAGGAGAAGAGGGCGAUGGAGAGCGCUCUCGAAAGGAAAGCAGCAACACACGAUGAUGAGAUCCAGCGCCUUUAUGUGGAAAUGGAGCAGCAAAUAAAAACUGAAAAAGACAGGAUUGUGCUGCAGGACUACGCGCGCUUUCUGUCUCGCAGUCAAGACCUGGAGCUGCAGCUGUCCACUAAGGAGAAAGAGCUGGAUCAGCUCUUUCAGAAGCAGAGAAGGUUGGAGCAUCAGUGCCAGGAGCUUCAAAGUGAACAACACGUGGCCAAGGUGGAGAACGUGAAGCUGAAGCACACGAAUGAGGAGUUGGCGCGGGAGCUGGACCACACCAGCCAGGAGCUGGCCUUGGCCCAGGACCAGCUGAGUCUGCUGCAGGAGCAGGCCACACAGCUUCACGAGGAGAAGGAGAUUGAAAUAUACAGACUGACCGAGGGACUGCAGCGAGAGCGAGCCAGCCUCCUCAAACAACUGGACCUUCUGAGGGAAAUGAACAAACACUUACGAGAUGAAAAGGACAUAUGCAAUCAGAAUCCAAAGAAUUCUAAGACAACAGCACAUUUGAAGCAGAGGCCUUUGGUCAAUGUUGUGAAACGCGCCAACCCAAAUGUCUUCAGAAGUGAGGAUGAGGAGGAGCUGACCCCCAGCUCUGUGAGACACAACCUAGCCAAUGGCUCAGGCCAGCCCUUUAGCCUGGCGGAAACCAGAGGGCACCUCCAGAGGAUCAUCUCCAUUGAGGAGGACCACCUCCCACACUUGCUCCAGAACGACUGCCAGUCCCAAAGCCCACUGCAGGAGUGUAGUGAAGGAGAGGAUUCCUCCGACAAUGAGGAGGAUAUAGACUUGGUGAUGAGCGAUAUUUGCCUGUGUGCGUCUUCUGCCCAGCAGCAGAAGUCGAAGGGAGAUGUGGAGAAAAGGGAAACCCCCACAUCUCCGAGGGUUCAGCCUGUUGGCAAGGAGACCAGCAUACAUGAGGAAGGUGGUCCGUCGCCGCCAGACCGCUUCUUCAAGAUCGUCCUGGUGGGGAACUCCAGCGUAGGAAAGACCUCCCUCCUUAAGCGAUUUUGUGACGACAGCUUCCAUUCUGGCACUUCUGCCACUGUGGGUAUAGAUUACAGUGUAAAGACAAUAGCUGUGGACAACAGCCAGGUGGCACUGCAGUUGUGGGAUACAGCAGGACAGGAGAGAUAUCGGAGCAUCACCAAGCAAUUCUUUCGCAAGGCUGACGGCGUGGCCGUGAUGUAUGACAUCACAGCCGAGCAGAGCUUCACUGCUGUCAGACAGUGGCUGACAAGUGUAAAGGAGGGAGCCGGCGAGGACAUCCCGGUCAUGCUCUUGGGAAACAAAACGGACAAGGAGAUGGAGAGACAAGUUCAGAAAGAAGUGGGCGAAAGACUAGCCAAGGACUGCCAAAUGAUUUUCUAUGAGUGCAGCGCAUGCUCCGGACACAACGUGGUGGAGUCCAUGAUUCAUUUAGCCAGAAUUCUGAAAGAGCAGGAGGACAGAGAGAAGGAGAAGACGGUGCAGUUGUUCAGCAGCCCCUCGGAGAAGAAGAGAUCCUGCUGCUAACAGUUGGGACACCGCUCACACACACACAGCGUAGCACUACCCUUCACUAAGAUACACCGUGUGACAGUGUGACCACAUGUACCACUAAGGAUACAUUAUUCUGAAUGUCAGCACAACUGUUUCUCACACGGUCUUCCUCUUCGUGGCACUCUGGGUAAACCCAACACCUGGAUGGAUGGACUGUACGUGAUUGCACUAUUAUAAACUGUCUUCUCUACGUUUACCCAAGUAGUUUGAAAAUAACCUCAAAUUGUGGAGAUAUAGUGAAAUAAUAAUAAUAUGAAGGAGAGUGUAAGAAAAGUUUGAGGAA